UUCGCUCUUUUGGAACCGAAGACCGGGAGACUCAGUUUCAGAUUGCACCACAAAGCCAAAUCUAUGACUACAUUCUUUUCCGCGGUUCUGAUAUCAAAGACAUUAGAGUCGUUAACAACAGCCUUCCCCAUCCCAAUGACCCGGCUAUAAUGCAAGUACAGCUACAAAAUGGUCAGCAUAUGAUGCCACAUUUUCCCAUGCCCAAUAUAAACCCACCGCAUGCACCACCGAUGAGUGCAGUUGGAGGUUAUGGUAAUCCUUUCGGUAUUGGCGCACUGGGCAUUGGUGGAGCUGGCGGUGGAGCACCUUCGCUAGCUCCUGGCACUGGCGCACCUGGGCCAUACAUGUUGGGUGGAGGUAACCAGCAGCAACAACAACCACCGCAGCAACCGCCCCAGCCACCACAGCAGCAACAACAGCAACAAUCGAAAUCCCAGCAGCAACAGAAACAACCAAACACGAUUGCCGGCGCAUCACGCUCAACGACGCCAAUGAGCCAUGUUUCGCUGAAAAGUGAUUCGUCUGUACCCAAUAUGCUUGCUAAUCCCAAGAAAAAACCGGCUCCUCAGAAUAAGAAUAGUGGACAUGGUGGCAGCUCACACGAUGCAGACAACAAGCGACAAAAUCACCAACAGCGCGGUGGCAACAAUAAUCAACGCAACAAUAACAGUGACUUCCAUGAAAAGUACCGUGUUCGACACGAUUCUGGUGGCUAUAGCUAUCGGCAUCAUGAAAUGAGUGGUGGCAACAAUUAUGGCAACCAACGUAAUAACCAUCAACGCGGGGGUGGUGGCGGUGGCGGUGGCGGCGGUCAAAACCAUGCUUGGACCAUGCACCGCGGCAACCCUAACAAUGGUAACAACAUGAUGGUCCGCAAUCGGGGUGGCGGACGUGGUCGCAUGCAAAAUCAAGGCUAUCGACCAAUGGGCGGUCCCGGUGGUAAUCAAAAUAAACCACGGAAUCCGAAGAACACAAUUAAAUUCUUACAAGAUUUCGACUUUGAACAGGCCAAUGUUAAAUUCGAAGAGCUACGUUCCCAACUGUCCAAACUCAAGGUGGGCGAAGAACCCAAAACCGAGCAGAUGAAUGGCGAAACAGAUAAAAAGGACGAUUCCGGCAACGAGACUGGUGCCGGAGAGCAUGAACCGGAAGAGGAAGAAAUCACUGUUGGAUACGAUAAGACAAAGUCCUUCUUUGAUAAUAUUUCAUGCGAGGCAGCACAGGAUCGUAGCAAGAACAAGAAGAAUGACUGGCGUCAUGAACGCAAAUUGAAUAGUGAAACAUUUGGGGUCUCAUCGACAAGACGCGGCGGCUAUCGUGGACGUGGCAACUAUUACAAUCGUAAUAUGGGCUCUUAUGGUGGCGGUUAUAAUCGGAAUUAUCGUGGUGGCAACCUUUAUCGUAACCGUGUCAGAAAUGCAAAUGCCGCAUCUAGCAAUGCGAAUGGCGGCACUUCUAAUACUUCUAAUACUAAUACCGGUAAUCCCGGUGCAUCUAAUAACAUUAACAAUGGUGCCAACACAGCUUCAUCACUGAAAAACUCGGUGCCACAACCACAGCCAUCAUUUUCAGCGACUGUUUCAACGCCAAAUGCCACGAAAUCGACAACUGUGGAAAAUAGCAACACACCUCAGCCAACAGCAACUGGUGGAGUUGGUAAGUUGUGCCAUUUAAUUUAAUAAUUAAAAUAAAAUAAACGACAGUGUCGAGUCGUCAGUGUGGUAAAAGGAACCUAUGCAAAAAAACCAUUAUAAUGCGGCCAU